CAGGCGCGUGCGGUGUAAUUCAGCAACUCUCUGUGACAGUUAGAGAGAGAAAGUUAGAGAGAGAGAGAAACCGAGCAGAGUUCGGAUCGAAAUCGAUUUGCGCUUCGUCUUCUAGGGUUUCUCUUCCACUAGUCGACACCUAAUUCGCUUCUCCUUUUUCUUUGGAUCUGUCGUUCGCCUUCCGAUCUAUCGAUUUUGUGAUUUCGUCCUCGUUCGCGGCUGUGCGUAAAACCCUAGUUCUGCGCCGAUCGGAUUCUAGGGCUUCCGUUUUGAUUCAUUUGCAGAUCGAGGUAGGUUUUUCCGAUUUCAUGUGUCGCUUUGGAUUUCAACCGAGUCGAUUUGCAUGAUUGAGGAAGAAUCUAGGAUUUCGAGCGAGAUCCAGGAGUUAGGGUUUUCUUGGGCUCUGUUUCAUGUAUGGCUUCGGGGACAAUAGGUGCCGACGAAUCGAGAGAGAGGCGUAGAUGGCGAGAUACUAGCAAGGUCUACACGCGGAAGAUUCGCAGGAAAGGGGUCAAGAGCGACACUGACACCGUCACUGCGGCCGCCAAUACCGCCACCGCCGCGGACGGGGACGGGGAGAAUAACGCCACCGCUGCUACUACUACAACCACCAUCACCACCAACAACGAUAACGAGAAGAACGACAGCGACACCGUCCCGCUGCAGGGUCCCGAAACCCUAGCCACCGAGGAUGGGAAUUCAUCGCCACAGCAGCAAACUGUGUCGCGAUUAGAUGCAGUUUCGGAUGAUUCGGGAAGCCACGGAAAGCUGCCCGGGGUUACUUCUCCAAGACAGGAAAAUGGAAACGGCGCCGUUAAGCCAGUCGUUACGAGAGUGGAGAAUCGAGUUAAGAUUGAUUUAGUGGGAAAUAGAUCUAAGAAUGAGAUGCGUGAGCUCAAGAGGAAGCUAGUGGAUGAGCUUGAUCAGGUGAGGAAUGUAGUGAAGAAGCUCGAAGCAAAGGAAGUUCAGCUGAAGGGGUACUCUACCCCUGGUGGUGGUUACAGUCAUUCACAGUAUUCGGGGAAUGAUGGAAGGGCUUUAGUAAGAGUGAGUUCAGAGGUGGGAUCCGUUGGUCAUUUUGAUUCGAGGCCUUUCCAGCAGCUAACGGUUGCAUUGGUGGAUAACAACCACGGGCAUGUUGAGUUUGUUGAGAAAGAGAAGAGAACUCCGAAGGCUAACCAAUAUUACCGAAACUCGGAAUUCCUUCUCGGAAAAGAAAGAUUACCGCCUGCUGAAAGCAACAAGAAAUCAAAGUCCCACGGUGGGAAGAAACAUGGUGGAGAUUUUGGAUAUCGCUUUAGUUUAAUGGACAAGCAUGCCAGUCAAGCCUUGAAGAGUUGUAGUAAUUUGCUUUCAAGAUUGAUGAAACACAAGUAUGCUUGGGUGUUUAAUAAGCCAGUCGAUGCUAAGGCACUUGGGCUCCAUGAUUAUCAUGAUAUAAUUAAGCACCCAAUGGAUUUGGGCACAGUCAAGAGUAGGUUAUCAAAGAAUUGGUACAAGUCUCCAAGAGAAUUCGCAGAGGAUGUGAGACUUACAUUCCGCAAUGCCAUGACUUAUAAUCCAAAGGGGCAGGAUGUUCAUGUCAUGGCAGAUGAUAUGUUGCAGAUUUUUGAAGAGAAGUGGGCAGCCAUAGAGUCAGAGUAUAACUUUGAUUGGAGGUACGAUUUGGUUCAUGAUUUUGGUUUGCCCACUCCAACUUCAAGAAAAGUGCAUCGUCCUCCUCCUUCUGCACCACCACUUUUUCCUGAAACCAGGACUUUGGAGAGAGCUGAAUCCAUGACAGGUGUAAUGCCUUCGAAAUUAAAACCCAUUGCCUCUGUGGGCAGGACUCCAGUUCCCAAAAAGCCUAAAGCAAAGGAUCCUCACAAAAGGGACAUGACUUAUGAGGAGAAGCAAAGGCUAAGCACACACCUUCAGAGUUUACCAUCAGAAAAACUGGACAACAUUGUGCAGAUCAUUAAGAAGAGGAAUUCAGCACUUUCUCAGCAUGAUGAUGAGAUUGAAGUGGACAUUGAUAGCGUUGACACUGAAACACUGUGGGAACUUGAUAGGUUUGUCACCAAUUACAAGAAGAGUUUGAGUAAGCAUAAAAGAAAAGCCGAACUUGCCCUGCAAGCCAGGGCAGCCGCCACACCUACUGCCCCUGCAAUGAACCCAGUUCCAGAUAUGGUGGGAGCUCCAAAAGAAUCUAUAGUAGAUAAAAGGAAUGAAGCUACUACUUCUCCGGCUCAAGGAGUAAGGGAAGCAAAUAAUAUUAGUAGGUCAAGUAGUUCAAGCAGUUCUAGCAGUGAUUCUGGUUCUUCUUCAAGUGAUUCUGACAGUGAUAGUUCCUCUGCAUGUGGAUCGGAUGAAGCACAUACACCUAAGACUUGAGUGGUUUCAAUUAAGUUCUGGAAAGCUCAGGAAAGCUCAUCUCCUACUCAUGAUGGCAUGUGGGGGAAUUGUGCUAAGACGCCUUACCUGCUUAGCCGCGGAAUAAAAUGCUUUGGAAGGUGUGUCGCUUGUGAACCGCCCUGAUCCUUGCCAUAGUUUGUCGUUUGAAGGUGGAUUCUUAUUUGGGAAAAUGUGAGAUGAUGAUGUUUGGGAGCAGAAAACAUCAUUUUAUGUAGCAAGUGUAAAUUACCCAGAAUUGCUGCAAAGCUUCAGUUAUGGAGAUUUUCGAUGUAGGGUUUUUUUUUAUUAGGUUAUUGGAUAAUUGUUAGUUAUAUUAUAUAGCAAAAUCCUAGCACAGUAGGAGAUUGGUGGUGGUGGUGGUGGUAGUAGAGCAGUUUUGGGGGGGGGGGGGGGGGGGGGGGGAAUUAGGAAUUGCUCUGGGGGGAUGAAGAAGCUAUGUUUAGAAUGGUUGUAUAUGUGCUUCAUUUGUAACCGCAUGUUUCUACUCUAAAAUAUGAUAUGAUCAGCAUAAUUGCGUACGGAUGCUAGUCAGAGAAGUGAAGCUCAACGUCAAGGGGGGAUGGCCUUUGUGAAGCUCAACGUCAAAAGGCAUCCUUUUGUCCUGAAGCCGGCGGAGAUAUAUUUUAUCCGUAUCGUGUAUUAUUUAGUAUGUGUUUAUGCUGGGCAAAAUCAUGUAAGGAGGAUGAAAUUUAGUGUCAUGGUCCUCUGUUGUUCGGCUGGGGUUGGUUUGGACAUGCGUAGCCGAGAUCGUGGCUUAAUCAGCUUCUUCUGCAGCCCACAGAUGUAGGUCAAGAGUACAAGGGCCUAAUCUGUGAUACGAUCCGUCCUAGGAUCAAGGGUUUUCCUUGUAUAGAUUUUGGGCUUGUAUUGGCUAUAUGCCGCCUGUAUUUCUAAUUAUGGCUCUUGGAAGAUGUUCGGAUUAUGGGGUGACUGCUGUUCCGCCUAUAUUUCUGAUUCUGCCUCAUGAAAGUAGAUAUUCGAAUUGUUCA